GCCCCCUUAGACCCCCUUAGACCCCCUCGCAGACCCGCAGGGAUCCCUUCGCGAGACCAGGGAACAACCCCCUCGCCACCACCACCACCACCCACAACAACAACAACAAUCAGGGAGCCUUGCAAACAGCAGCAGCCUCCAUCGCUGCUGAGACUGGAGAGCUCCCUUCUCUGAGGUGAUCCUGAGGUGAUUCAGGGACCCCCCGCCGCGAAAAGUGAACCCCCAAAAUGAGGGGACUACUGCUACUACUAAGUCUGCUGCUGCUGCACACAGGGAGAGGCGAGGAACAGAGCAGCAAGUGUCAGGGAAAGAUGGAGCGCCAGCAGCAGGAGGAGGAGGAGGUGGAGGUGGUGGGCGUCGUCGGCGCUGCGGGGGAAGAGGGCGGCGUCGUCCUGUUCCAGCGGCAGCGCCGGCAGAAGCGCAACUGGCUCAUCCCGGCAAUCAGCGUCGCCGAAAACGACCGCGGUCCCUUCCCCAAGCAUCUGGUUCAGAUAAAAUCGAACGCGCACGGGAAAGUGCACUACAGCAUCGUGGGGCCUGGCGCCGACCUGAACCCCAUCGGGGUUUUCAUCGUGGACUCCGUGACCGGGCGCCUCUCCGUCACCAAGACCCUGGACCGCGAGCUCGUCGCAGAGUAUCUGCUGAAGGGCCACGCGGUGGAUGUGAACGGGCAUCCUGUGGAGAAUCCCGUAGAUCUCCUCAUUAAAGUGAUCGACCUCAACGACAACAGGCCCAACUUCGACGCGACCGUGUUCCAGGGCUCCGUGGAUGAGGGCUCCCCACCAGGCACGCCAGUGAUGACGGUAACGGCGAGUGACAAGGACGACGCCUUAUCGGCCAACGGCAUGAUCCGCUACAGGAUCUUGUCGCAGAUUCCCAAGGUGCCCGUGGACCGCCUGUUCACCAUCGACAACACCACAGGCGUCAUCAGCACCAUCGCCGCCGGGCUGGACCGCGAGCGAACGCCGCAGUACAUGCUGGUGGUGCAGGCCUCGGACAUGGAGGGUGACCCGGACAUUGGCCUCAAGAACAUGGCCACCGCCAUCGUCACCGUCGCCGACAAAAACGACACCCCCGAGUUUACGGGCAUAACCUUCCGCGGCACGGCGCGCGAGAACGCGGUGAACGUGACGGUGACGACGCUGACGGUGACGGACACGGACGAGCCCGGCACGCCGGCGUGGCGGGCCCGCUACGUGGUGCGCGGCGGGGACCCCGGCAAGAACUUCGCCGUGGAGACCGACCCCCGCACCAACGACGGCAGGCUCUACGUCGUCAAGCCCCUGGACUUUGAGACCUCGUCGGUGUACAAGCUCGUCGUCGCCGCGGAGAACGAGGUUUCGCUUGAGAGCGCGCAGUUCGGACCGGCGAGCACCGCCACCGUCACCGUGACGGUGGAAGAUGAGAACGAGGGGCCGGUGUUCGAGCCGCUGCUGAGCGAGGUGAAGCUUCCCGAGGGCCUCCCCGUGGGCCAGCGCGUGACCACCCUGGUGGCCCGCGACCCCGACACGGCGCAGAGGCAGGCCGUGCGCUACACGAAGCUUUGGGUGCCGGGCGACUGGCUGGACAUCGACCCCGUGAGCGGCCAGGUGACCACCGCCGUGGUGCUUGACCGCGAGGCGGCCGCCCUGGUGCACGCCAACACCUACACGGCCACCUUCCUGGCCACGGAUGACGGCAGCCCCGUCGCGAGCGGCACGGGGACGCUGGCGCUGCGGCUGUCGGACAUCAACGACAACGCUCCGGUCGUCUGGCCCGACGAGGCCACCGCGUGCGGCGUGCCGGGCGGCGCCGCGGUCAACGUCACCGCCAGGGACGCCGACGAAGACUUCAACGGCAGCCCCUUCGGUUUCCGGCUGCCGCCCGGCAACCCCGCCCUCAACAACAACUGGACCGUCCACCGGCUCGACGGCAGCAGCUCGCGGCUGCGCGCGAGGGUUGCGCUGCCCGAGGGCAUCUACUCGGUGCCGCUGCUCAUCUCGGACUCGGGCUACCCCCCGGCUAGCGCCCUGUCGGAGCUCCGGUUGACGGUGUGCGCAUGCGACCGGAACGGCGACUGCGUCGACCGCGUCGACCGCGCCGCCGGCGCCGGCCUCGGCAUCGGCGCCGUCGCGUCCAUCAUCCUCAGCCUGCUGCUGCUGCUGCUGCUGCUCGUCGUGGCGCUGCUCUCCGCGGUGCACAAGAGACGCCGCGGGCGGGACCUCGUCGCCAAGCGGCCGUUCUUCGACCACGACGUGCUGGACAACGUCUUCAACUACGACGAGGAGGGCGGGGGGGAGGAGGACCGGGGGACUACGACCCCGGCGCAGGACUGCAGCUCCGUGAGCGAGCUGGCUUGCGACUCGGGGCGCCGUACCUCAGGGCCCGGCGUCGUGCACCACGCCGGACGAGUGGCCGUUGGUGGCCGGAGCCGUGCCACCCGUCCCGCCUCGGGUGGCAACCGGCAGCCCCAGUGUACAUGGGCGACCUUCAUCACGAG